AUGAUUCUGCCCGCGUCAAAGGAAAAGGACAAGAAACUCAAGAAGCGCUACGCCGUCUUUGAUGACGACGGCAACCUGUGUGAGUUGAAAGGUUUUGAAAUCAAGCGCAACGGUGAGCUCAAGCUCAUCAAAAUCUUCCAAUCGUCCGUCUUUGAGGCGUUUCUCCAAGGAGACAACCUGGAGGAGGUGUACGAGGCUGUUGCAACAGUGGCCGACCACUGGCUGGACAUUCUCUACUCCAAGGGCGAGGGCCUCUCCUCGCAGGAGCUCUUUGAUCUCAUUUCCGAGAACAGGAGCAUGAGCCGCACACUCAAGGAGUACGAGGGCCAGAAGUCAACCUCAAUCAGCACCGCAAAGUCAGUGCAGGCAUGUUGA